AAUAGUUGGAGGUGGAAUUGCAGUUUUGCAAAAAUCCCCUUUGAUUCUGCUCAAUUGGGUCGAAUUGAUUUUCUCCAGCGUUAUCUUGAUACCAAUGGAACUGUCUCCCUUAUAGUCAACUGGUUCGCUGAAAAUCCUAUCAUCACCGAACCGCUGAAAGGGAGUGCCGGAAUCAUGGCUACCACCACCGAAUCGACGCCUCUGAUGCAGUCCACAUCUGCUGGACAAACCACCGGAAGACGCAACAGUAUAGAAACAGGAAUACGGCCUGCAAGAACUGUCACAUUUAGCCCAAGUGUUCUUGGCCCGACCGGCAGCAGCGCAACGACUACCGCUCAGAGACCAUCUACCUCCGCAUACAGCCAUGCUCCGCAACCAAUGCUCUCAGCACUCAAUAGCAAACUUAGACGACGUAACAGUCAUGGAUCUCCUCUGGUUACACCCCAAAAUACGCCAGCAGCCAAGAUAGGGCCCCAGCGAACAACCAGAACUGCUCAGAAGUUAAAGCUCCUCCCAAACCCCGAGCUCGAAGAAGAAGAACAAGAUGAGGAAAGUGGGCGAGAUGUAUAUUCGCAAUUUACCCGAAUCAAAGAUCCUACCGCUCGCAGAGAUGCGGCCAGGUUAGGCAAAGCAGACCGAGACAAGCUUCCGCGAGUUACAGCUUAUUGUACGGCCAACGCAUACCAACUGGAAGGGCUGGUUAGGUUUCUCAAAGGCAAGGCUAGAUCGCGAGGAGCCAUGCCCAAGUUAAUCGACGAAUGUGUCUAUACGCCUUACAAUUAUGGCAGGUCCCCAAUGGACAAAGAGCCAGAUGGGUCUAUGGAACCGAGGUCAUCUCGAAGCCAACAUAAUGAGGAAGACCGGCCGCAGAUGCGUGAGAGGAGGUUCUCUGAUAGUGAGCUUGAAGUGGAAGGCAAUACAAAGAGUCGACGAGAUGACCUGAUUGACUUGCACACUGAAGGAGGAGACACGACGCUUGCUACUGGCGAGCACGACGAGGUGCACAGAACAGAUGACGUACGGGGGGAUACGGUCGACUUUGAUACCGAAGUCCACACCCCUGAAGUGUUUCUAUUCAACUACGGCACUGUCGUCAUUUGGGGUAUGACCCUCAAACAGGAACAGCGAUUUCUGAAAGAGAUUGCGAAGUUCGAACAGGAGAAGCUCAGCCAGGACGACGUGCAAACAGAAGACUUCAACUUUUACUACACCCGAGACUAUCAAGCGCGAAUCUACAAUGACUUUAUCAGUUUACGAGACAAGAGAAAUUACAUGACCAAGCUGGCAAUCAGCCACGCGCUUGCUCAGAGUGUCAAGACUUCGCUUUUUGAAGAUUUGGUUGACAACACCAUUGAAAUGACCAAAGACAUUCCCGAGCGGAUUGCAUUGGAAGGGAAAGUCAACCUGACACGGCGUCAACUAAAUAUGCAGAUUGGCGAGCUGUUCAUUCUCCGCAUCAAUAUUCAUUUACAAGGUUCCGUGCUAGACUCGCCCGAACUCAUGUGGGCUGAGCCUCAGCUAGAACCCAUCUAUGUCGCUGUUCGAAGCUAUCUGGAAAUGGACCAACGAGUUGGGCUUCUUACGGAACGUUUAGAUGUUAUUGCUGAUUUGCUUGCUGUGCUCCGUGAUCAGCAGACGCAUACUCAUGGCGAAUAUUUAGAGUGGAUUGUCAUCGUUCUCAUUGCGGCUGAGAUCCUUGUUGCUGCUAUUAACAUUGUUGUCGACCUUUAUGCUGGCGUUGACUAGGGAAUGAGCGAAUCUUUACCAUAUGCUUGCUAUUGCCCUUUGUCUGAACUCUUCGCGUCUUGUUGAAUACUCUUCAUUUGUGCUCUGGGAUUUGGUCUGAGGUAUUCAAGGGAUAUGUGGAAAAUUUGGUUUGUAGAUACUACAUUUCUUUUCUUUCUUGUAAUACUUUUCAGAGCGCAUUCUUUUUCUCUCCUUGUUCCUUUCUUUUAAUGCGGCGGGUAGUUGAUUAGGUCCGAGCACGAAGCUCUUAUGGACAGCGACCCUGCAAGAUUGACAGUAUUGGCCACCUAAAACUCUAUAGUCCUUAAUACUGUCAUGUAAUUAUUUACUAUGUGGAGCACAUUGACGACGUGGGUCGAAAGAGGAAUAGAGAUUCUGAUCCACUGCUUGCCGUUGCAGCGGCUUUUGCUUGUUACAUGAUAGUGAAAAAUUGUCUCAGAAUGAAGAAUGUUCGGUCG